CCGCAGUACUCACCCUGACAGAGCAGAGGAAGAUGAACGGCUCCAGGUCCGAGCCCCAGCAAAAGUGGAUCCCGAGCGAUCCCCAGAACGCAGGAAAUUCUUUCAGCCCCAGCCGCCGGCCUCGAUAGCCAUCCUCGGCGGGACCGCUGGGAGUCCUGGGACCACCUGUGUCCACCUGUGGGACAGGAUCUUUGAGUGCCAGUGCCUACCUGCGUGCGCCCCAUAGCUCAGGGACCUUCACUGUUAAGAGUUAAGAAGGCUGCGCAGCCCCUAAUUUGGGGCUCAGAAAUCCGAACCCUAAACAGAUAAUUCACCUACAUCCUCCUACACAUCCUGCUCUCCUCCUGUCUUUCUUGAUUCUCCUAAAACAAAGGCAGGCUGAGCUGACCUUUAGUCUCAAAAGCAGGCGGGCAGAGUCGAACCCUACCUAGGAAAGAAAAGCUUGGCAAAGCUCCACAUUGAGUAGGGCAAAAGGCUGUUGAGGCGGGUGAAGGUGUUUCAAAAGGAAUUAACGGCGCAGAGGAACCUCUCGUGACACCGCCGCCACUGCAGAUUUUCGCCCUAGGUUCCGUCCGCUCUAGCCAUCACGAUGUUCUCCAAUGCCAACACUUCUGCCAUUGUGGCACUCUUGAACCAGACCGGUCCUCUCCCUCCCGUGACAAUUCCAGCGGUGAUGUUCAUCUUCGGCGUAGUGGGCAACCUAAUCGCUAUCGUGGUGUUGUGCAAGUCUCGAAAGGAACAAAAGGAGACGACCUUCUACACAUUGGUAUGCGGGCUGGCAGUCACCGACCUGCUGGGCACAUCGCUGGUCAGCCCGGUCACCAUCGCCACCUACGUGAAGGGAGAGUGGCCCGGAGGCGAUGGGUUGUGCGAAUACAGCACCUUCAUCCUCCUCUUCUUUGGCCUCUCUGGCCUCAGCAUCAUCUGCGCCAUGAGUAUCGAACGCUACCUGGCCAUCAACCACGCCUACUUUUAUAACCACUACGUGGACAAGAAGCUGGCCGGACUCACGCUCUUUGCAGUUUAUGUCUCCAACGUACUCUUCUGCGCCCUACCCAGCAUGGGACUUGGGAGCUCCACGCUUCAAUACCCCAAUACCUGGUGCUUCAUAGAUUGGCGCACCAACGUGACCACACACGCCGCCUUCUCCUACAUGUAUGCUGGCUUCAGCUCCUUCCUUAUCCUCGUUACGGUUCUUUGUAACAUUCUGGUCUGCGUGGCGCUCAUACGCAUGCACCGCCAGUUUGUGCGCCGCACCUCGCUGGGCACUGACAGCCACCACCACGCCGCCGCUGCCGUGGUCUCCGCUGCCUCCUCUGGCCUUGCCUCCUGCUCUGCUGUCCCUCGUCUAAGUGAUUUUCGUAGGCGUAGGAGCUUCCGCCGCAUUGCUGGUGCAGAGAUCCAGAUGGUCAUCUUACUCAUUGCAACCUCUUUGGUGGUGCUCAUCUGCUCCAUCCCUCUCGUGGUGCGUGUCUUUGUGAACCAGUUGUACCAACCAAAAACUGAGACUGAUGUCAGCAAGAACCCUGACCUGCAGGCUAUCCGAAUUGCUUCAGUGAACCCUAUUCUAGACCCUUGGAUCUAUAUCCUUCUCCGAAAGACGGUGCUCAGUAAAGCCAUAGAGAAAAUAAAAUGUCUCUUUUGCCGCAUCGGAGGAGGUCGCAGGGAACAGUCAGGAGGCAACUUCAACUGCACAGGCCCCCGGACAUCUGCUAUGUCCAGCCACUCGAGGUCAUUCGUGUCCCGGGAACUGAAAGAGGUCAGCAGCACCUCCCAGACUCUCCUUUAUAUGCCAGAGCUCAGUGAAGCUGGCACUGGGGGCCGUAAUAUGUUGCCAGGAGCCGGGCCCGGGCUGCCCUCAUCAGAAACCACUUCACUGAGGACUAUGCGAAGCUCAGAGACUUCAGACUCUUCCCAGGGGCAGGACUCAGAGAGUGUGAUAUUAGUGGAUGAAGUUGGCGGGAACUGUGGGGCAAUGGGCCCUGCAGAUAAGGGUGGCUCUUUGCAAGUCACUUUCCCUAAUGAAACAUUAAACUUUUCAGAAAAGUGUAUAUAGAGGGUAUAGGACAAAUAACCAUGCUGUUUCGAGGAUCUUGUAAGUAAGGUCCAGUGCACUCGACACAUUAGGAGGGAUUUGGUCAGGCUCCGAAGGGCUGUUUUUGACUUUCCACCCACUCCAGAGCGGUGUUUCCUGAUGGUAGAUGAGGUAUGUCCCCUUGGACUCCAGACAUACUCAGUGCCGUGGCUGUGACAUGCGUCUGUGACAUAGGACUACUCCCAGGGCUUGAUGUCUGAAAGAGUCUACUCUUUGCCUCUCUCAAGAUGAUAGACGCUUUGUUGUUCCUUUGGCAUCGGGAACUUCAUAUCUGUCACUAAGCAAUGGGUAAGAUCCUAAGAGGCCUCUGUUCAGAUAAACUACAAGGACUGUUUGGUAGACAAUUUCAGUGUCUCGCUAAAGCAUGAAAAUGUGAAUUUUUAUUGCUGUAUAUAUCAUGAAUGAAAUUAUUUAAUGUAUUUUCUUCUCCAUGAGAAGGUUUUAUUAUUAAUACAAAGUAUGAUGGAAUAAUGGCAUACCUUUUCCUCCCAAUAUUAUCUGCUGAUGUUAUAGAUGCUACAGGUGUAUGAUUUAUUUUUCAUGAGGCAUGUUCAGGCCAACCUGUGACUAGUUGAUUGUUGAUGAUGGAAUCAGUAGAUCUGAAAUUGUAAUGAGAGUUUUUAGCAAUAUAGAAGGGUAAAGAAAAAAAAAGGAGUGAUGGGCUAUAAUUUUCAAAUUUUAAGUAAUAAAAGUUCUUUCCAAAGUAUGUGCUACACAUAUUAAAAGAGAGAGCAAUGUUCAUCCUUCACAGGAAAUCAUUCUUUUAGGAAAGAUGAAUAUGCUGGUGAAUAUUUUCCUUUUAAAUUCCCACCAGUACAUUCAUUUUAGUAGCAUACUAUAAAUCUGUAUGUCUUUAAAUGAAUAAACCCCAAACUGAAGUAUGUAAUUUUAAAAAAAAAUCAAAAUUUCAGGUCUCUUUUUUUCCAUCAAAAUAAAAUGUACAUAUUUUCACCUAGUUGCAGGGGGAAAAAAUCUACAAUAUCUAUUGUUUUGAGUGGAAAAUGAGUCAUCAUUUAAGAAAGUUCCUAUUUGCGAUAUGUGGAAGGAUCGGACUAUUUGGUCUUCCACAGGACAGUCCUGAAAGCGUACCUAUAUAAGGAAUGUAGAAUGACGUUCUUUUGGGGUCUCAUUAUAACAGCUUAUUGUAUCACACAUUAAUCCUGUACAGAAAUUUGGAGGAGCCUUUUUCAAAGAAAUAUUAAGCAUGUUCUGUUGCCUAAAGUGUUUUGUGAAUUGCUUUAUUGUAAUUAAAUUCUGAGCCUGUUAUUGGUACCGUUUGAGAAGUUGUACCUAGUGAAAUUAUUUUGGCGAUCACAAUAAAAAAGAAUAUUCAUUCA